AUGACAGCCCGUUGGUUGGCCCCGCUGCAGCUCGAUUGUGAUUCUGGCCGUAUGAGGCCUCUGUAUUCACUGAGCAGCCCCUCGCCGCUUCUGAAUUACGAUGUGAAUGUGAACGUAAAGAAUGUGGCGUGUGAUGGAUCAAUCUAUUGCCUUUCUUCACAGAGCAUCCGCGUCUCCAAUCGGCAACCAUCAGUCGUGAGUCAGAUAGUGGCAGUCCGUAGAAGUCAAACGAUGACCGAGCAGUAUCGUUACGCCAAAAAAAAGACCAUGCGCUUUGGUUCGAAAUCAUUCGAUUCAGUCAACCGAAGAAGAAGAAGGCUUGCUGCCUGCUUACGUGGCGGCGAGAUGUCGGAGACAGCCGUUGGAAUGCCGGCAGAGUACGACUGA